AUGAAGCCGGCGAAUCUCCCCGAGGAGAACAGCUUCAGUGAGGCGAUGGCCGCUGGCCAGAACGAUCUCACACCCGGCAGCUGCGGAAAGAAACGCCGCUGGCUCCGGCGCCUGGUCCCGGAGAACUUCUGGGAGGAUGCGAAGAAGCUGCUGGUGCUGGCGGGGCCGUUGAUCCUGAUCCAGCUGCUGGUCUUCCUGAUACACCUCGUCAGCUCCAUAUUCUGCGGCCACCUGGGCAAGGUCGAGCUGGCCUCCGUCACGCUGGCCAUCGCUGUUAUAAAUGUUACUGCCGUCUCUGUAGGUUAUGGUUUGGCUUCAGCAUGUGACACCUUGAUAUCACAGACCUACGGCAGCAAGAACCUGCUGCGGGUGGGGGUGAUCCUGCAGCGUGCCACCCUCAUCCUCCUGCUCUGCUGCUUCCCCUGCUGCGCCAUCCUCAUCAACAUCGAGCAGUUCCUGCUCCUCAUCCGCCAGGACCCCGAGGUCUCCAGGUUAACUCAGCGCUACGUGAUGGCCUUUGUCCCUGCUCUCCCGGCGGUUUUUCUGUAUAACCUGGAGACAAAAUACCUGCAGAACCAGAUGAUCACCUGGCCGCUGGUGCUGAGCGGGAUCGUUGGCAAUGUCGUCAAUGUGAUUGCAAACUGUGUCUUCCUCUACGUGCUCCACUUGGGCAUCGCGGGCUCUGCCUGGGCCAACACCGUUGCUCAGUACUCACAAACAAUUUUCUUGCUCCUGUAUAUCAUAGGCAAGAAACUCCACGUGAAGACCUGGGGAGGCUGGUCCAGCGAGUGCCUGCAGGAGUGGGACAGCUUCACCUUCCUGGCUGUCCCCAGCAUGCUCAUGAUAUGCAUCGAGUGGUGGACCUACGAAAUCGGGAGCUUCUUGAUAGGCCUGCUGAGCGUCGUAGAGCUCUCCGCCCAGUCCAUCAUCUACGAGGUGUCCGUUGUGGCUUUCAUGAUCCCCCUGGGGCUGGGCACGGCCGCCAGCGUGCAGGUGGGGAACGCGCUGGGUGCCGGUGACAUCGAGACGGCCAAGAGAUCCUCCUCCACCAGCCUGCUCUGCACAGGGGGGUUUUGCGUAGCCGUGGGGGCCAUUUUAGCUGCCACGAAGGAUGUGCUGGGAUACAUCUUCACCAGCGAGAAGGAGAUUGUUGACUUGGUGGCCUGGGUCAUGCCUGUCUACGUUGUCUUCCACUUGUUUGAAGCCACGUGUGGCACCUGCAGCGGGGUGCUCAGAGGCAUAGGCAAGCAGAAAUUCGGUGCCAUCCUCAACGCUGUGAGCUACUACGGCGUGGGCCUGCCCCUGGGAGGUGUGCUGCUCUUCGUGGCCAGGAUCGGCGUCAUAGGCCUGUGGCUCAGCAUGCUCGUCUGCGUCUCCAUCCUCUGCACCUGCUUCAUCGCCUACAUCAUCCGCAUGGACUGGAGGAAGGCAGCCGAGGAGGCUCAGCACCGCGCGGGAGUGACCCAGCCACCAGCGGAAGAACCGAACCCGUGCCCCGAUCCCUCCGGCAAGGCACUUCCCUCCAGUGUGGGGCCAGCCCCACCGCCCCACGCUUAUCCCCCCGCCACGGCAGUGCGGGGGUGCGUAGCCGGAGUGGAUGCGCAGAACGGCGUCGUGCUCACGGGCAUCACCAGGAUGGAGGGACUCACGUACCAGCUGGAGCCCCAGGAAAACACACCUGCCACAUCCCCUCCGGCCACCACCAUGACCACCAAGGAGCUGAUCGUCUUUUUUGGGCGGGGUCGGUGUCCCGCCGCAGCCAUCGCAGUACUUGCGCUUGGCAUUGUCGUAAAGCUGAUGACCAGCAAACACUGA